CAAGUAAAAACACUAGGAUAUACAUUUCAAGCGAGACACAUGGAGGGGAAGAAAGAGGAGGAGUACUGCCAAAGGGGAAACGCAAUUGAGAGUGUGAAUACAGCUCUGUUUACAGCCGGAUUACUACUCUUAAUGGUCUGCUUCAAACGUGAUUUGCCCUUGUUUCUUGUUGAACAAUGGCGAGCUUGGGUGUUUCUUGUGUUAAACCUUGUGCUUUUAGCUAUUUUUUUCACUUCCGUGAACCCGAUCACCUCAACCCAAAACCCAGAGAGCAAGAACAAUGACGAAGAAACGAAGAAGCAAAGCAGGCAUUGCAAGUUGUCCAAUGAAGUUGAAGCAUGCAAACAGGACCCCGUCGAGUCAAACAAAAGAAGCAACGAAGCUGAGGGUAAACUAGAGAAAGAGGCGGCGGUUGAACAAAACAAUGAGCUUCCCAAGCUGUCAAAGGAGGAGCUGAAUGAGAGAGUGGAAGCUUUCAUUGCCAUGUUCAGGCAGCAUUUGGCUGCGGAUGCAAGGAAAGGAAGAGACAAGUUACAGAGAAAAGGAGGCGAUGUGAAGCACAUGAAGCUUUCAUCCGGUGGAGUAAAUUGUUUUGUUUUUAAAGUGCAGGGGUAAUUAUUUCCAAUUCAGAGCUUGAAUUGUUAUUUGAUUCACAAUUUUUUUUUUUUUUGGUAGUGAAUGAACAAUUUUCUUCCAUUUUUUAAGUCACAUUACAAAAUCA